AAUAUUUUCUUUAAAAAAGUUUUUUUAAUUAUAUGAAAUUCAAACAGAUGGAAGAGGAGCACGCCAGCGCAGUUCGUUCGUUGUUCGUCCGCUGCGCGGCGGUCUGUGGGGUGACCGAGGAGUCAUGGACGGAGGAGAACAGACGGACUUUGGACCAGUUCAUCGCGGACACUUCAGUCCGAACCCUGGCGGUUUACACCGGAACCAGCGGGCUGCGGGUGGAGUUCUCCAUGCCGUUACCGGGGGAACUUGUGGGGCAGCUGAGUUACUUCAUCCGAAAGCCCGGAGCCUUCAUCACAGUGGAAACGUUCGAUGGAGCCGUUCUGUUCGGCACCGUGCGGGGCAGCGCCACCCAGAGGCUGCUCGGUGACAUGGCCUGUGUGCACGCCCCUGCCGUCACGCGCUGCGCCUUCAAAGAGAAACGCAUCAAGGACGACUACAUGAACGAAAUGCACUGCUUCCUGGCGAACCUCACGGAUGAAGUGAGUAAGAAAUCUGGAGAUACAGUCCUGUACAUCCCACUGGAGGUUUCGCUGUACAGUCCUCAGGAAGCUGUAAAGGACAAGAAUCUCGUCGAGAGAUUGGAAACUAUUGUGAUCCACUGGACGGAGCAGAUCAAGGGGCUUCGUAAUGCCCAGCAGAUUGUGAAGAUGUGGGACAGGAGUGGUCCGUUGCAGGAGAUAGCCUUCUGGAAGGAUCGCCUAUCGAAGCUGCUGGACAUUGGGCAGCAGCUGCAAAAGCCAGGUGUCAAGGACAUCACGAGCAUCUUGCAACUGGCCAAUUCUCAGUAUGUGGAGCGCUUUUGUAAGCUGUCCAUGGACAUACAGGAGUGCACCCUUCAGGCUCAGUCAAACCUGGCCUUCCUGUCCAUCCUGAAGGAGCCCUGCGAAGAGCUUGACCAGCUGACGCUGAGACAAGUUCCAUCGAAGCUGAAACACAUUAUGAAUCUCAUCAGGAUCAUCUGGGUCGAAUCCCCCCACUUCAACAGCAAUGAGAGGAUCAUCGGUCUCUUCUGCCAGAUGAGCAAUGAGAUCAUCCGCCUGUGCUCCAAAGCCAUCUCUCUGGACAGAGUUUUCAAGGGCUACGUCUUCUCCAGCAAGCAGAUCCUGGAUGAGUGCAUGCAGUGCUGCACGUCCUGGAAGGAAAUUUACCUGCAUACUGCGAAAAUUCACCACAAAUAUUCCCAACAAGGUUGGGUUUUAAACAAAACAAACUUUUUUGAGGUGAUUGAUACUUUCAUCCGGAGGCUCACAGACCUGAUUGAGGUGUGUGACUGUCAGCACCAGUUUGCCCGUUGGGAGGAUGGACAGCAGAGGCCUCUGCCGAUCUUCGGCGGUCACCAGGGACCGACGUUCACCCAGAGCCUCCUGAAGAUAGAGAGCAUCAUCCACUGCAGCCUGGGCAACCUGCGCUCUGUCGACAAGCACAUCCUCGACGUCAAUUCACACACCGCUUGGGACAAUGAAUUCAGCAGAUUUUGCGUAACAAUCAAGGGCUUGGAAGUACAGACAAAGGAACUGAUGACUUCAGUGUUCAAGACGGCGAACACUUUUGAGGAAGGAGUUCGACUUGUGGACAUUUUUAGGCCGAUGUCUGUCCGAGAGGCCUUUAAACGUGCUGCCAAGGAGACGGCAGAGGGAGUGUACGACAUCUUUGAAAAGGAGGUCAAACUGGUGCUCGAGAAGGCUUACUUCAUGCCCGACCCCGACAGCCGCAAACUGGACCAGACAGUCCAGGCUCUGGAGGAGACGGUGAUGAAGAGCUUCAGAGAGUGGAGCCAGAAACUGGACGGACAGUACCUGAAGAGGCUGGAGCAGCCACUCCUGCUGCGCUGCAGAGACGGGACUGCCAAGCUGAGCAUCAACUUUGACAACACCCUGUUGAGUCUUUUCUCUGAGAUCCAGUACUGGGAACGACUGAAGUUUGAGAUCCCUCAUUGUGCAAAUGACAUUUACCAGAUGAAGGACGACCUGAGGAUCCUGAGGGAACGAGUGCUGCUGCUGGUCAAGGACUAUAACGGGAUCAUUGAUGCGCUGUCUGUCGAAGAGCUGGGUCUGUUUCGGGAGAAAAUUCGCUUAAUUGACAAGAAGAUUCAGCCGGGUCUGGUGAAGUUCCUGUGGCUGUCGAAAGGAGAGUCUGACAUCUUCAUCCGUGACUGCCUCCUGCACGUUGGAAAGGUCCAGUCAAUAGUCGAUGGCUACAAAGAAUCACGUCUAUCCAUCUCCAAACUUUGUUGCCAGAUGAGUGAAACACUGCUGGUUCACCUGGAUGGAAAGACUGUGUACAGGAACCUGGAAUUCGAGGACGACCAGAAGGCUCACCAGCGAAGCUGUCUCCACAUGCUGCGCUCAGUACACCACAGUAUUGUUAAUAUCAUGACCCAGAUCCACAGCGUCUUUGCAAAUGAUGGACAGGAGGUCCAAGAAUGUUGGGUGACCUACACAGAGAAGGUGGAUCAGAUGAUCGAGGAGGCCCUGCGGUGCAACAUCAAGAACUCCAUGAAGAAGCUUUCCAGAGCCGUCAACGGAGACAGCAGGACGACGCCAAACCCCCUGUUUAAAGUCCUCGUCACUCUUCGCCAGGCAUCUCCUCCAACCACUCCAAAGGUGUCUCUUGAGUUCUCUCCAAGUCUCGGAAAGCUCACUCAGAUUGUCAACGUUUUGCCCCAGCUCAUUAACAUCGUCUCAGAAUUUGAGCGGCUUCCUGAGCUUCUGUCCUGCAGGGAGACCCAGGGGAAUCAAAUUUACCACAACAUAGAGCAAGACGAAGAGAUAAAGAAGAUUCAGGCUGCAGUUAGCACAGGAGUGACGGCCAAUGCCAGCCACCUACAGGCUUAUUUGAAGACCUGGGACAAAUACAGGAACAUCUGGGAGGUCAACAAAGACUCUUUCAUACAACGCUACCGAAGGCUCAACCCAUCAGUGUCUUCCUUUGACGCAGACAUACACAGGUACACAGAGGAGGCCGACAGUGUGCAACAGGAGGAAAGUGUAUUCACUGUUCGAUUCGUCGUGCUCGACUGUUCGCCACUCAAGUCCUCUUUGGUGCAGCACUGCAACGAGUGGCAAACCAAGCUGACCCAGCUCCUCAGUCACAUGGCCAGCACUCGCCUCCAGGAACUCCAUACGUCCCUGCAGGACAGCGCCAAGAGGCUGAAACAACCUCCGCAGACACUGCUGGAGCUCAGUGAGAGCCUGAAGCUCUUGGAAAGUCUGCAGGGCAGUUCUGCCAAGACAGAGGCUCAAAUUCCUCUCAUCCACGAACAGUUUGCCAUCCUGGGCAAAUAUGAGGUCCCAGUGCAGCACACUGUGCAGGAAAUACUGGAGGGGCUGGAUGAAGAGUGGGUGUGGUUCCAGCAGGUACUGAUUGACAGCGACAUCAUGCUGCAGAAGCACAAAGAGAAGUUUAAGAACGGCCUCGUCUCCUCUUCGGAAGAGCUCAAGAAGAAGGUUGAGUCCAGCCUGCAGGAGUUCAAAGCCAGAGGCCCUUUCGACAGUGCUCUGGCCACUGAGUCGGCCUUUCAACAAAUAGCCGAGCAUCGCAGCCAACUGGAGGCCCUGAAACAGGAAGAAGAUAGCAUCCUCACUGGACUGGGCUUCUUCAAAAUGGAGCAGAAACCCUCCAAAAGCAUCCGCUUUCUGGAGAAGGACAUUGAGCGGCUGCAGCAGGUGUGGGAUAUCACAGAGGAGUGGAAUUCCAAGUGGCUCAGCUGGAAAGGAGGCCAGUUCGCCGCUCUGCAGACGGAGAGCCUGGAGAGCACGGCACAGGACAUGUUCAAGAGGCUGCACAAACUCCAGAGAGAUCUCAAGGAUAAGGAGUGGGACAUUGUGGAUUCCACAAAGAAGAAGAUCGAGCACUUCAGGAAGAUCAUUCCUCUCAUUGCUGACCUGAGAAACUCCGCUAUGAGAGACAGGCACUGGAAGCAGAUCUGCGAGGAGGGGCAGUGCUCCUUUGACCCCACCAGUCCAGAGUUCACUCUGGAGAAGAUCAUUUCUCUGGGCCUCGACAAGUAUGCUGAAAAAAUCAGUGAGAUCUCUGGAGCCGCCAGCAAGGAACUCUUCAUAGAGCAGGGUCUGGAGAGCAUUUCUAAGACGUGGGAGGAAACAAGUCUGGAUGUGGAGCCUUACAAAGACGAAGGUCACUACCGGCUGAGGAGCACCGAGGAGGUUUUCCAAGCCCUGGAGGACAACCAGGUGAUCCUGUCCACCAUGAAGGCGUCUCGCUUCGUCAAGCCCUUCGAGCGGGAGGUGGACCGGUGGGAACGCCGGCUGUCCCAGGUGUUGGAAGUCGUCGAGAUGAUCCUGACCGUGCAGCGUCACUGGAAUUAUCUGGAGAAUAUUUUUCAAGGGAAGGACAUCAGAGAGCAGCUGCCUCACGAGUGUAAUGAGUUUGAAGAUGUCAGUUCCAGUUGGAAAACUAUAAUGAGCCGUCUGUAUCAGGACACCAAUGCCUUGAAGGGAACACAGCACCCCGGCUUGCUGGAGAAGCUGUUGGAGAUUAGCGCCAAGCUGGAGGAAAUCCUGAAGGCCUUGGACAUGUACCUGGAGACCAAGAGACAGAUUUUCCCCAGAUUUUAUUUCCUUUCCAACGACGACGUGCUGGAGAUCCUGGGACAGUCGCAGAAUCCCGAGGCCAUGCAGCCUCACCUGAAGAAAUGUUUCGACAACAUUAAGAGCCUGCACAUAGAAAAGGCAUGUGCUGAGGCAAUGUGUUCUGCCGACGGAGAGGUGGUUCGGUUGGACUCAAAGGUGCGACUGGACCGACCCGUGGAGAUGUGGCUGUGCGACAUAGAAAGUGCCAUGCGUCUUACCCUGAACCACUGCCUGAACAACUGCCUGGAAGAUCUGAAGAAGUUAACAGGAGGGAGAGAAAAAUGGGUCAAGGAGUGGCCUGGACAGAUGUUGAUCACAGCCAGUCAGAUCAAGUGGACCACCGAUGUCACCAGAGCGCUCAAUCUCAGUAAGGAGAGGGCCGACAAGGCUUCUCUCAGGGUGCUGAAGAAGAAACAGGUGCGCAUGCUGGAGUGCUACUCAGACAUGAUUCGUGACAACCUGCCCAAAGUCCUGCGUCUGAAGGUCGUGGCGUUGGUCACAGUGGAGGUUCACGCUCGGGAUGUGAUUGACAAGCUGGCAAAGACCGGCUGCAGCGACGUCAAUGCCUUCGAGUGGCUGUGUCAGCUGCGGCUGUACUGGGAGAAGAAUGUGCAUGACUGCAUAAUCCGGCAGACCAACACAAGUUUUAAAUAUGGCUACGAGUAUCUGGGAAACUCCGGACGGCUUGUCAUCACUCCACUUACAGACAGGUGUUUCAUGACCCUAACCACAGCGCUCCAUCUCCAUCGAGGAGGCUCUCCUAAAGGUCCGGCUGGGACGGGGAAGACAGAGACAGUGAAGGACCUGGGCAAAGCGCUCGGCAUGUAUGUCAUUGUGGUGAACUGCUCAGAGGGACUGGACUAUAAAUCCAUGGGACGCAUGUACUCCGGGCUGGCUCAGACUGGAGCGUGGGGCUGCUUCGAUGAGUUUAACCGUAUCAACAUCGAGGUGCUGUCAGUGGUGGCCCAGCAGAUCUCCUCCAUUCUGUCUGCGCUGGCGGCCGGACAGUCCAAGUUCCAGUUUGAAGGACAGCAGAUUCAGCUGGUCAGGUCAUGUGGCAUCUUCAGCACCAUGAAUCCUGGUUAUGCUGGUCGCACGGAGCUUCCUGACAACCUCAAGUCCAUGUUCAGACCCAUUUCCAUGGUGGUGCCAGACUCCACUCUGAUAGCUCAGAUCCUGCUGUUUGCAGAGGGCUUCAACAACUGCAAGCUCCUUGCGAAGAAGGUGUUCACCCUCUACUCCUUGGCAGUACAACAGUUGUCUAAACAGGACCACUAUGACUUCGGCCUCCGUGCGCUCACCUCGCUGCUUCGCUACGCUGGACGGAAACGCCGCUCUGAGCCCAGUGUUCCCGACGAAGGAAUCCUGUUGAUGGCGAUGAAGGACAUGAACAUGGCGAAGUUGACCUCUGUUGACCUGCCACUGUUCAAUGGGAUCAUCCAGGAUUUGUUCCCUGGUGUGGACGUACCUGUUAUUGACAUGGCUCAGCUGAAAGAGGCCAUCGAGGCGGAGCUCCGCCGGAGCGGUUUGCAGGUGACGCCCUUCACCAUGACCAAAGUCAUCCAGCUCUACCAAACAAUGAACACCCGACACUCCACCAUGCUGGUUGGCAAAACCGGCAGCGCUAAAAGCGUUACUUGGAGGACUUUGAAGAAUGCCCUCACUGCCCUGCACCAUAAGGGGGUUCCUGGCUAUCAGCUUGUCCAGGACUAUCCUCUGAACCCCAAAGCGAUGAGUCUGGGAGAGCUGUAUGGAGAAAACGACCUGUCUACUAACGAGUGGACCGACGGAGUUCUGUCCUCCCUCAUGAGAUUAGCCUGUGCAGACGAGAAAGCAGACGAGAAGUGGAUUGUGUUUGACGGGCCUGUUGACACUCUGUGGAUUGAGAGUAUGAAUUCUGUGAUGGAUGACAAUAAGGUGCUCACACUCAUCAACGGGGAGAGAAUAUCGAUGCCUGAGCAGGUGUCUCUGCUGUUUGAGGUGGAGAACCUGGCCAUGGCCUCUCCCGCUUCAGUGUCUCGCUGUGGAAUGGUCUACAACGACUACACCGAUCUGGGAUGGAAACCUUUUGUUCAGUCCUGGCUGGACAAGCGAGACAAAGCUGAAGUGGGACACUUGAAUCUCCUGUUUGAGAAAUACAUAGAGAGCACUCUGAGCUACAAGAAGACUCAUUGUAAGGAGCCGGUCCCGGUCACUGAACUCAAUGCUGUCGUCUCACUUUGCUGCCUGUACGACUCCCUGGCUACAUCCAGCAGUGGGGUGAACGCUUCAGACCCAGAGAGUCUGGGCAGGAUCGUGGAACUUUGGUUCAUCUUCAGCUUGAUUUGGUCCGUCUGUGCCUCUGUGGAUGAGGAUGGACGCAAGAAGAUGGACAACUUCCUAAGAGAGAUGGACGGCACCUUUCCCAUCAAGGACACAAUUUAUGACUAUCAUGUGGACUCCAAGAACAAAUGCUGGGCUUCUUUUGAAGAGAAGCUGCAGAAAGGAUGGCGCUACAACGCUGCCGCUCCGUUCUAUAAGAUUAUGGUUCCCACCAUUGACACGGUGCGCUACAACCUGCUGGUGCAGGCUCUGGUUUUGAAUCGGUACCCAGUGUUGCUCACUGGGCCUGUGGGCACCGGGAAAACCUCUGUGGCCCAGAAUGUCCUGCAGGACCUGGAUGAGAAGUGGACCGCCCUCACUGUCAACAUGUCCUCACAGACCUCCUCCACCAACAUCCAGGCCAUCGUAGAGAGUCGGCUAGAAAAGAGAACGAAGAGUGUGUUUGUGCCCGCCGGUGGAAAGCGCCUGCUCUGCUUCCUGGAUGACCUCAACAUGCCCGCCCACGACCUCUUUGGUUCCCAGCCGCCGCUGGAGUUUCUGCGCCACUGGGUUGACUACGGCUUCUGGUACGACCGCCAAAAGCAGACCCCGAAGGUCGUCAAGGACAUGUUCUUGCUGGCGUCCAUGGGGCCCCCUGGUGGAGGGAGGACUACAAUAUCUUCCAGACUGCAGAGUCGAUUCAACCUCAUAAACAUGACCUUUCCCAGCGAGUCCCAGAUCAAGUGCAUCUACAGCACCAUGAUCAAUCAGAAGCUUCAGGGCUUUCGGGAGGAGCUGAAGCCCAUCGGGAACAUCCUGACUCAGGCCACGCUGGAGCUCUAUCAUGCCGUCACUUCUUGUUUUCUUCCUACUCCAGCCAAGAUACACUACCUCUUCAACCUCAGGGACAUCUCUAAGGUGUUUCAGGGCCUACUAAGAGCUCACCCAGAAUUCCAUGAUACCAAAAACAACAUGACGAGACUCUGGAUUCACGAGUGCUUUAGAGUCUUCUCGGACCGCCUCGUGAACCGCAGCGACAUGGAUACCUUCACAGCUUUGCUGGGAGAAAAACUGAGCUCACUGUUUGACCUCAGCUUCCACAAAAUCUGUCCAAACAAGCAACGGCCAAUAUUUGGUGAUUUCAUGAGCGAGUCCUCUGUGUAUGAGGACCUGCUGGACAUGAAAGCUCUCAAGACGUUCAUGGAGGUGCAGCUCGAGGAUUACAGCCUGUCACCCGGCGUAGUGCCCAUGAGCCUGGUGCUCUUCCAAGACGCCAUUGAGCACAUAACCCGCAUUGUCCGGGUGAUCCGGCAGCCCAGAGGCAACAUGCUGCUGAUCGGUGUCGGGGGCUCUGGGAAGCAGAGUCUGUCCAAGAUGGCGGCCUACAUCUGCGAGUACCAGGUCUUCCAGGUGGAGGUCACCAAGCAGUACCGCAAGCAGGAGUUUAGAGAAGACAUCAAGAAGCUGUAUCGCUUAACCGGGGUGGACAACAAGCCCACGGUCUUCCUCUUCAGUGACACCCAGAUCAUCGACGAAAGCUUCCUGGAGGACAUCAACAACAUCCUGAGCUCCGGAGAGGUGCCGAACCUCUACAAGCAGGACGAGUUAGCAGAGGUAUGCAAAGCUCUGUCAGACUCUGCCAGGAAACACAACGUCCUGGAAACUCCUGACUCCUUGUUCAGCUUCCUGCUGGAGCGAGUCAGAAACAACCUGCACAUCGUGCUCUGUGUGAGCCCAGUGGGAGAACCCUUCAGGAACCGCAUCCUCCAGUACCCUGCACUCGUCAACUGCACCACCAUUGACUGGUUCGGCGAGUGGCCCAGAGACGCACUGCUGGAGGUGGCCGAGAAGUACCUGGAUGGGCUGGAGCUGGGCCCGCUGGAGGGGAUUCAGACGAAGGUUGCCAGUGUCUUUGUGUCAACGCACCAGUCGGUGGCUCAGAUCUCGCAGAAGAUGAAGUUGGAGCUGAAGAGACAAAAUUAUGUGACACCAACUAACUACCUGGAGCUGGUGUCUGGAUACAAGAAGUUAUUGGCAGAGAAACGCAGUGAGCUCGGGGAGCAGGUGAGCAAGCUGCGUAACGGCCUUUUUAAGAUCAGCGACACGAGACAGAAAGUGGAGGCCAUGUCUGUGGAGCUGAAGGAGGCGAAGGAGCAGGUGGCCAAGACGGAAAAGGAGUGCGACGAAUGCUUCUCCGUCAUCGUCCAACAGAAGAGAGAAGCUGACAAGCAGCAGAAGAUGGUGAGUGCCAGCAGUGAGAAGAUCGGAGCAGAAGAGGCGGAGUGUAAAGCCAUGGCGGAUAACGCUCAGAGAGACCUGGACGAGGCUCUGCCCGCCCUGGAAGAGGCCAUGAAGGCCCUGGAGUCUCUGAACAAGGGGGACAUGACAGAGAUCAAGUCGUACAGCCGUCCUCCUGCGCUGGUGGAGACGGUCAUGCAGGCUGUCAUGACCCUUCAGGGGAAAAAGCCGACUUGGGCGGAGGCAAAGAGGCAGCUAGGUGAGGCGAACUUCAUCAAAACACUGGUGAACUUUGACAAGGACAACAUAUCAGACCGCGUGUUGAAGAAAAUCGGAAAGUACUGCAGACAAGCCGAUUUCCAGCCAGACAUCAUUGGAAAAGUGUCGCUGGCUGCCAAGUCUCUCUGCAUGUGGGUCAGAGCCAUGGAGGUUUACGGGCACGUCUACAGGGUGGUGGAGCCAAAGAGGGCUCAGCUGAACACGGUCAUGGCCCAACUCCGAGACAAGCAGGCUGCUCUGGCUGAAGCUCAGAGCAAACUGCAGGAGUUGGCAGAGAAGCUGGACGAGCUGAAAAAGCAGCACGAUGAGAAAGUGGCUACAAAGAGGAGUCUGAGGAAUAAGUCAGAGGAGAUGGAGGUGAAGCUGGACCGAGCCGACAAGCUGGUGACCGGCCUGGCUGGAGAGAGAAUCCGCUGGGAGGAGAGAGUAACCGGUCUUGAAGAAAACAUGGGAUACCUGGUGGGAGACUGUCUGCUGGCUGCAUCCUUCCUGUCCUACAUGGGACCCUUCCUGUCCAACUACAGAGAGCAGCUGCUCGCCACGUGGAUGAAGGAGGUUCAGGAUUUGGAGAUCCCCUGCACCCCAGGUUUCAGUUUUUCAGUGUUUCUGGCCAAACCUACAGUAGUGAGGGACUGGAACAUUCAGGGUCUGCCUUCUGAUGCCUUCUCUACUGAGAAUGGAGUGAUUGUCACUCGUGGAAACCGAUGGCCGCUGAUGGUCGACCCGCAGGGCCAGGCGCUGAAGUGGAUCCAGAACAUGGAAUCAGAGAAGGAUCUGAAAGUUAUCGACUUUCAAAUGCCGGACUACCUGCGAGUGCUGGAGAACGCCAUUCAGCUUGGGAAUCCCGUUCUGCUGCAGAACGUGCAGGAGCAGCUGGACCCCUCCCUCAACCCGGUUCUUCAUAAGUCCCUGACACGGAAAGGUGGCAGGCUGCUGAUGAAGCUGGGCGAUCGGGAGGUGGAGUACAGUCCAGACUUUCGCUUUUAUAUUACCACCAAGAUGUCGAACCCCCACUACACUCCAGAGAUUUCAUCAAAGACCACCAUUGUCAAUUUUGCUGUCAAGGAGCAGGGCCUGGAGGCUCAGCUGCUGGGAAUCGUGGUGCGUAAAGAGCGUCCAGAGCUGGAGGAGCAGAAGGACUCACUGGUGAUCAGCAUCGCUUCUGGCAAGAGACGCUUGCAGGACCUGGAGGACGAGAUCCUCAGGCUGCUGAAUGAGGCGACCGGCUCGCUGCUGGACGACGCUCAGCUGGUGAACACCCUGCAGACGUCCAAGGUGACGUCCUCCGAGGUUUCAGAGCAGGUGGAGAGCAGCGAACAGACCGAGCUCAAGAUCGACUCUGCCAGAGAGGCCUACCGCCCGUGUGCCCAGCGAGCCUCCAUUCUCUUCUUCAUUCUGAACGACAUGAGCUGCAUCGACCCGAUGUACCAGUUCUCCCUGGACGCCUACAUUAACCUGUUCACCUUGAGCAUAGAGAAAAGCAAGUGCAGCUACAAGCUGGAGGAAAGGAUCUCCAACCUCAAUGAGUACCACACAUAUGCAGUGUACAGGUACACAUGCCGUGCUCUGUUUGAGGUUCACAAGCUGCUUUUCAGCUUCCAGAUGUGUGUGAAAAUCAUGGAGACGGCUGGCAAACUCGACAUGGACGAGUACAGCUUCUUCCUUCGAGGAGGAGUGGUGCUUAAUAGGACGAAUCAGACGGCGAACCCGUGUCCUGGUUGGCUGGCAGACUCCAGCUGGGACAAUAUCACAGAGCUGGACAAGCUGCCUAAAUUCCGCGGCAUCAUGACGUCGUUUGAACGGUUUUCUGUGGACUGGAGCCUCUGGUUCACCAGCUCUGAGCCGGAGAAGGCCACACUACCAAAUAACUGGGAGAUCAACUGCAACGCUCUGCAGAAGAUGCUGAUUGUGCGUUCUCUGCGCCCGGACCGCGUCUCCUUCUGCGUCGCCUCGUUCAUCGUGAACCACCUCGGCGACUGCUUUGUGGAGCCGCCUGUUCUCGACAUGAACGCGGUUUUGGAGGAAUCCACCAGCUCCACCCCUCUGAUCUUCGUCCUGUCGCCUGGAGUGGACCCCACCGGCGCCCUGCUGCAGCUGGCUGACGCCUCUGGCAUGAGCCAGCGCUUCCACGCCGUGUCGCUGGGUCAGGGCCAGGUCCCCAUCGCAAAGAGCAUGAUCGAGGAGGGCGUGAAGAACGGUCAUUGGGUUUUCCUCGCCAACUGCCACCUGUCGCUGCCGUGGAUGCCGGAGCUGGACAAGCUGAUCAAGCAGCUGCAGGCGCAGGAGUGCCAUCCCAACUUCAGGCUGUGGCUCAGCUCCUCGCCGCACCCCGACUUCCCCAUCACCAUCCUGCAGACGGGCAUCAAGAUGACCACCGAACCGCCGAAGGGGGUGAAAGCCAACAUGAAGCGUCUGUACCAGCUGGUGACGGAGCCGCAGUUCAGCCGCUGCUCGAAGCCCGUCGUCUACCGGAAGCUGCUCUUCUCCCUCUGCUUCUUCCACAGCAUCCUCCUGGAGAGGAAGAAGUUUCUGCAGUUGGGCUGGAACAUCGUUUACGGCUUCAACGACUCCGACUUCGAGGUGAGCGAGAGUCUGCUCAGCCUGUACCUGGACGAGUAUGAGGAGAUUCCCUGGGACGCUCUGAAGUACCUGGUCGCCGACAUCAACUAUGGCGGACACGUCACAGACGACUGGGACAGACGCCUGCUGACAACAUACAUAGACGACUAUUUCUGCGACGGCGCCGUAAACCAGCAGUUCUUCAAAUUGUCCAGCCUGCCGUUUUAUUACAUCCCCCGCGACGGCCCGCUGGCCCAGUACAAGGAGUACAUCCACAACCUGCCGUCCACAGAGAACCCGGAGGUGUUCGGGCAGCACCCCAACGCUGGCAUUGCCAGUCAGGUUGCUGAGACCAGGACUCUGUUCGACACCCUGCUCUCCCUGCAGCCCCAGGUCACCAGUGCGGCCGCCACGGGGGCCCAGCGGCUCAGCAGAGAAGACAAGGUGUUGGAGCUGUUGGCUGACGUCCGUGGAAAGAUCCCGGCGUGCAUCGACUACGAGCGCACCUGGUCGCUCCUUCAGGACAGCCCUUCGCCUCUUAACGUGGUUUUGCUGCAAGAAAUCCAAAGAUACAACUCGGUGCUGAGCACUAUCCUUUCGUCGUUGCUGGAGCUUGAGAAGGGGAUCCACGGCUUAGUUUUGAUGACAUCCAGCAUGGAGGAGACCUUCAACUGCAUCUACGACGGCCGCGUCCCACAGCUGUGGCAGAAGGCGUACCCGUCGCUGAAGCCUCUGGCAGCUUGGACCGUGGACCUCUGCCAGCGGGUGGAUCAGUUUGCCUGCUGGGCGACGACCGGCGAGCCCCCCACCUUGUUCUGGUUGUCGGCCUUCACCUUCCCCAAUGGCUUCCUCACCGCUGUGCUGCAGUCGUCUGCCCGACAGCACGGCAUCUCAGUGGACAUGCUGUCCUGGGAGUUUAUCGUUUCCACGGUGGAUGACAGCGACCUCCUUCACCCCCACACCGACGGAGUGUUUGUCAGGGGCUUGUUCCUGGAGGGGGCUGCCUGGGACAAGCAGAACUCCUGCCUGGUGGAAGCCGAGCGAAUGCAGAUGGUCUGUCCCGUCCCCACCAUCCACUUCAAACCUGUGGAGAAGCGCAAGAAAAUGGCCAAGAGCAUGUACCUGUGUCCGUGCUACUACUACCCGGUGCGAGCCGGUGCGGCCGGCCGGCCGUCUUUUGUGGUGGACAUUGCCCUGGAAUCAGGAGCUGUGACCCCUGACCACUGGAUCAAGAGAGGGACCGCUCUUCUCCUGAGUCUGGAAAGCUAAAGGCUUUAAAAAUUCCAAAUUCACGAUGUGUUGCUUUUAAUAAAAUGUUUUUU